AUGAAAAAUAAUCGAAAUCAAAUGGAACCAACAGAACGGAGAAAACGAUGCAAAGAAUCUUUGUAUCCUCCACCACCAAAUAAGCCAUGUUUAUUAUCUGAAGCGAAACGUACAAAAUUUGAACAAAAUGAAUUGAAUCAUGAAAAACAAGAUCAAAAUAAUAAUACUACUAAUAAUAAUAACAGUAGUUUUUGGAAACUUCUCAAUUUAUUACCACAUUUUCCAAUGUUAUGGCCUCCUACUCUACCUCCGCUGCCUCCAUUACCGCCUCCGCCGCCUCCACCACCACCACCACCUUCAGCUUUAAGUCUUAAUUCUGUCGCUUGUUCCUCCUCCUUAUCCCCAUUAUCCUUAUUGAAAUCAUCAUAUAAUGGUUUACUAUCAGAUGACAAUGAAUCUUUAUUACAAAAAUAUGCUAAACAAACAAUACAGUUAAUAGAAAAAAAUCAAACAUUAUUUAACAAUACUACUAAUACUACUACUAAUAACAAUACUACUAAUAAUCCCUUUAUCAAUCAAUUCACAGAAAUUCAUAAUCUCACUACUUCACCAUUGAAUAAUAACAAUUUUAAAUUGAACAUUGAACAUUCUAGCGGUUAUGAUAAAAAUCGAACACCCCCACCACCACCACCAACAACAUCAACAUCCUCCUCGUUGUCACCGCAUGGCGGAGAAUUCAUUCAGCCAAACAAUAAUAGUACUACAACUAUGAUCGAUACUAACACGACUACUAUGAUCAAUAAUCAUGAGACACAUUGGAAUGUACAUUCUACACCAUUUGGUUCAAUAUUUUAUCAUACAACAAAAAAUUCCGGUUCAUUUGAGAAAUUGAAUAGUGAACAUGAAACAUUGAACACGUUGACUACUACGACUACUACAACUACCGGUACAUUGGAAUUAGAUCAAUGUAUGAUGCCUUCUUCAUAUGAUCAUUAUUUUGAUAAUGAUUCAACUCAUCAAUACACAAACAAUAGUACAUGUAAUAAUAAUAAUAAUUUGUCGAAUGACUUGUAUGAUCAAAGUUUAUCAUGUUCCACACCAGAACAUCACCAUCAUCACCACCAACACAAACAACAAGUACAGUCAACUAUGAAUACUACUAAUACUACUAAUACUAGUAUGACGACAACUACAACUACUACGACUACGACCACUACUACUACAAAUACUACUACUCAUACUCCAACUAGUAGUACAAUACAUAUUAAUGGUGUUGUACAUAAUACAUUGAGAAAAACACGUUCAGAUAUGAAAGUAAUACAUAGAUAUUUAAUACAAAUUAAACAUGAUACACGUGAAAUACAUCAAAUUCCAUCUGAUGAAUUAGAUAGUUAUAUACAAGAUUUUGUCUUGACUGCAAAAAAGAAAGAUGGACAUGAAUAUGAACCGGAAUCAUUGAAAGCUUUUGUACAUUCAUUGGAAAGACAUUUAAAACAUCAUGGUUAUUCACAUUCCGUAUUGAAAGGUAAUGCAUUUGCUGGAACACGAUCUGUACUGAAUCAACGUUUAAAUGAAUUACGUGCACUUAGUCGAUCUGGUAUACCAAUCAAUAAUAGCAGUAGUGGUGGUACUAGUAGUAGUGAUAUACAACAUGCUUAUUCAUCAAAUGGAACUAAUCUUAAUCACAAUAAUACUAACAAACGUUUAUCAUCUGGUGUUGAUAAUGACUCAUCAUUGGAAAAUCGAUCGAUAAAUUAUACUAGAAAGUAUCAUUCCAAUCCGAAUGGAUUAUCAUCAGCUGAAUUACUUCAAGCUGGUAUACUGGGUACAGAAAAUCCUCAGAUAGAAAAAAAUACAAUUGAAUGA